AUGUGCGAGCAGGCAGCGCGGUACUGCCGGGCCGGUGUGCAGAGGCUGCUGCGCAAGCCGCCGCCGGCGCUCCGGGGGCUGGACGGGCUGCUGCGCUGGGUCGGGGCCAGGAUGGGCGACAAGAGCCUCGCCGAGAGGGAGCUGCUCAGCUCGGGAGCCGCCGCCGAGCAGAGGAAGGGCACCUCCGUCAUCCUCGAUAUUUUCCGAAGAGCUGACAAAAAUGAUGAUGGGAAGCUGUCCCUGGAGGAGUUCCAGGCCUUCUUUUCUGAUGGGACACUCAAUGAAGAAGAACUUGAGAAGCUGUUUCAUACCAUUGACUCGGACAACACCAACAACGUGGACACCAAGGAGCUGUGCGACUAUUUUGCUGACCAUAUGGGAGACUAUGAAGACGUCUUGGCCUCACUGGAGACCCUGAACCUCUCCAUCCUGAAGGCAAUGGACUACACCAAACGGGUGUAUGAGAGUGGCAGCAACGUGGACCAGUUUGUGACGCGCUUCCUGCUGAAGGAGACUGCAAACCAGACCCAGUCGCUGCUGAGCUCUGUGGAGAGUGCUGUGGAUGCCAUUGAUGAGCAAACCAACCCUGCCAGGCACUACCCCAGCAAGGCUGGCCAUGGUCCUGUGGAUACCUGGUAUGACAGUCCCAUGCCCAACUACUCUCCCACCAGCUGGGUGGUCCCCAAGGAGCAUGGAAAGAACUUCCAGACUGGUUCCCCUGACACCAAGGCAGAGGGGCUGGAGGGGCAGAUCAACAGGCUGGCUGAGCUGAUUGGCAGGCUGGAGGACAAGACCCUCUGGUUUGACCUGCACCAGCGGCUGUCAGACAGCGAGAGCACAGCUUGCACGUACCUGCUCCUGGUGCGGGACGAGAUGACCGUGUCACACAAGCACCUCAGCCACUUCGGCAGCGCCCUCAAGCAGUACCUGAAGAGCGUGGCCGGGGAGAGGGACUGCUUCCAUGUCACCGGCGUGAAGCUGCCUGAUGGGGUCACCUUCAUCAUCUAUGAGUUCUGGGAGACUGAGGAGGACUGGAAGAGGCACCUGCAGAGUGCCACCUACAAGGGCUUCCAGCACAUCAAGGUGGACACCUUGAGCCAGCCUGAGGCCAUCUCUAGCGUGGCUGUGCCAGCUGCCUGGUGCACCCUGAGCCGAGAGUGA